AUGGUGUCGACAGAGAAGUUGGAUAACGAGUGGAAGCUGGUCCAGGAGGAUUUUCCGAAAUUGGAGAAAAUCCACGACGAGUACAUUCAAAAAUCGCGACAAGUGAGCAAAUUCCAAGAUACGGCUGGCAAGGCGAUGAAACAUCACAAUUAUCUGCUCAAGAAUUUUCGAGAAACCAUGAAACAAACCCAAAUGGCGAUUGACAAGCUGGCACCAUGCGAGGAGAAAACGGCACUGAUUGCUCAUCUUAAAAAGCUUCGUGAAGAACAAGAAGUGACAAAUCUUCGACUACGAGACAUGCAAGGAGAACUGCCAGCCCAAUCGAAUGGAUUUUAUUUGAAUCUGAUUUUGGGAUCGAACCUCAAUAUUUCACUUUUGACGAAAACUGAGAAAUUCAAGUACAAGGAGGAAUACGAGGGCUUCAAAUGGAACAUUACAAUUCUGAUCUGCGUCCUGGCGUUCAUCUCGUGGAUGUGGCCGUUCCGAGUGCUGGACUCGUUGCUCUGUUUUCUGAUGGUCUGGUAUUACUGUACCCUGACGAUUCGAGAAUCGGUCCUUCGUGUAAAUGGGUCCAAAAUCAAAGGAUGGUGGCUGUCCCACCAUUAUCUCUCGUGUGCCGUCCCUGGAAUAGUGCUCACUUGGAAAGAUGGUCUCUGUUAUCAGGAGUUUCGUCCGUAUUUCCUCGUUUUCACUUUCUACAUUUCCAUCGUUCAAUUGGCUCAGAAUCAAUAUCAAUCUGGAUGCCUUCGACGCCUUCAUUCCCUUGGACAGGGACAUCAAAUGGAUAUUACUGUCGAAGGAUUCACCUCGUGGCAAUUCAAAGGACUCACUUUCCUUUUGCCCUUUUUGACCGUUGGAUAUCUCUUCCAAUUGUUCCUGGCCGGCAAACUGUACAUGUAUGUGAACACGGAAAUGUGUGAUGGAUUGUGGCAGGUUUGGGCUCUCUCACUGCUGCUGGGAGCAAUUGCCGGUGGAAAUAUAGUGACAACGUCGAUGGUCUGCAUUCGAAAACUCAAAACGACACCAUCCUACACGAAUAUCGUCGCGCUGACUCGAAAGUACAGUAGUCGCCACAAAAUCAAUCAGGCUCCGCCCACUUUUGACGCCACAGCAUCUGCGUCGAGUCGAGCACCGCCACCACCCACUGAGAAAUUGCAUUUGCAUUGA